AUGGACAUUCUGGAAUUUGUGCAGUGGGUGGGGGGCGACCUCGGGGUGGCGGCGACCGAAACGCUGGUCUCAGACUCCGCCCAGAUCACCCCCACACUCUCGUCUAUCACGGCCCAGACAGCCACGGCCACGAUUCAGUCUGCCCCUCCGUUUGCCGACACUCUGCAGCAAAACCUCGAGUUCUGGCUCAAGCCCGAGUCCAAGUUCACCAUCCACGUGGUCUACAUUGUCAGCUCGUACGCGUCAACGUCGGUCAUCAUGGCCGUCAUCAUGAACCGAAUGUGGGAGUUUGCACAGCGCCGAAGAGCCACGGUGCUGCCGGCUGCCAGCCAGACCAUGGCACGAAGUAUCCCCAUCAUGCUGUCUCUGCCGCACCUGUGGCGACUGUUUAAGGCCUCUGCAACCUGGGGUCCCAGCUGGAUCGGCGCUCUGGCGCGCUACCUGCUGCCGGCAUCUUCGCUCACAAAAGACACCCUGACCGACGCCUACCCAGGUAUGUUCAGGUGCAUCUGCAUCUCCCAGCUCGUCGAGACGUUCGUGUCGCUCAUCCAGGGCCAGGUGCCGUACUCAGAGUCCAACAUGUCUCUGAUAGAGUACUCUCUGUCGUUCCACGAAGCGGCCCAGCUCAAGGAGCCGGUUCCCGAGAUUAUCGUCAUAUGCUUGAUGGGGCUCGUGAGCCACGUAUUUAUUCACCUGCUGGCCAUCUUCAAACUCAACAGAUACAGGCUUAUCCCCUCGGCUCUGGUGGGUCUGUCGUUCCUGGCCUUCUUCCAGGUUCAGGCCAUGAAGGGAAGACUGCUCAACUUCCCGCUGAUUCUGGUGUUGGGUUUCAUGCCCCAGGUCAUCUACACCUACGUCAUCUUCAGCACAGUCGUCAUGGAGGUGGCCACUAUGCUCAUGACAGGCAAAAGGGUGCCCUCCAUUCUGUUUGAACGUGUGUCCCUCUCGCAGGACUUCUACACCUGGUUCGAGGUUGUCAGCAACAACGUUACCAAGUCUGCGUCAAAAAACAGAUACAUUAACGCCGGAUACCUGGAGACGCCUUCCGAGACCUGGAUUGACCAGCAGCUUCGGUUCUUCCGUGAUCCGAACAGAACUCGAGAACUGGGAAGCUCGCCGGGGUACGGCAACCAAGUCUUUAUGCCCCCUGAUGGAGUCAAGCAGUUGAUAGACCAAUACAAUGUGGGUAUUGCCAACCAGCUCAUGGACCGCGUUCGUGUUUACGUUGAGUUUCUGCGCAUCUAUUCCCUCAUGGUCUUUUUUACUCUGAGAGGCAUGCUCCGGUCUAUUUUCCAGUCCAAGGCUCAGCAGCCGCAUACUCAAAGCUUCCACACUUCCGACGGCGAAACGAUAACGAUUCUGUCGGCGUCGUUUGCUGAUGAAUCAGAAGAGGAGGACUACGUGUAUACCGAACCUGUCUACGACGAGGAUGAUAGGGCGUACGAGUUGCACUCGGAUUAUGGAAGUGAGGAAGACGAGGAGUGGGAUGACGAGGUGUACGACGACGAGGGAAUGCAUAGCGACGACGUUUUGGAAGAGCAGAUGAUGGUCUCAGAGACCAUUGCAGAACAGGCCAUUCUUUCUGAAUCGUCUUCUGGAACAGAAACUGAAGAGACUACCAAUACUAGUCGACAGCACAAGAGCCGACUUCGAAAACGUCGCCAGUCAGAACUCCAGACAUUGUACGACCCCUCGGAACUAACAUCCAUCAUCUCCCAGCCUAAUGCAAAGGAGUCCAAGAUUCUGACUGCCCACAUGAACCAACAUCGGCUGACACGGUCCAAGUUUGGUCUGUUGGCUGAAGACGAGGGAACAAAACUCGCCCAGGUGAUUAUGGAGGCGCGACAACGAUAUGAAGGCAUGGAGCGCAAGGACGAACGACGGUACUGUGUUGUUUGUCAGUACGAAGAACGGUCCGUCAUUGUGUGGCCUUGCCGAUGUUUUGCUCUGUGUGGAAUUUGUCGCCAUGAGUUGCAGUGGAAGAACUUCAAGGGAUGUGUGUGUUGUCGGCGGGAUGUUGAGUCUUACUCCAGUGUCUUCCUUCCAUGA